AUGUUUGACUCUAAAAACCAAAGAAAAUUUGAGAAUCUAGUUGCCAGUCUAUACUUUGUCAAACUACAAAUUACUAAUGAAGAUCUUGCUAUGGUAAAAGAUCAUUCCAAUAAGAGUACUUUAGCUCUUCGAUUCCUCAACAUAUCUGUUCCAGGAGCGGUACAAGUUGGAGAAUCUGUCUGGUUGAAAUGUGAUUUUGAUUUGGAAGGAGAUGAUUUAUAUUCUGUUAAAUGGUAUAAGAAUCACGUAGAAUUCUAUCGGUAUCAACCCCGAGAUCGACCACCUGGCCAGACGUACAGACUAGCAGGGACAUCUGUUGAUCUCGAAAAAUCAAACAGCAGUCACGUCUUUCUUGCGUCAACGGAUCUGAAUUCAGAAGGACUUUAUGGCUGUGAAGUGUCUGGAGAAGCACCUUCAUUCAGUACAGCUAAAUCGGAAGACGAAAUGCGAGUUUAUGCCCUUCCACCGGACGGCCCAGACGUAAUUGGAUUGCAGCCCCGUUAUCAAGUAGGGGAUGAGGUAAAUAUAACGUGUUCCUUUGGACCCUCAAAGCCCGCUGCGAGAGUCAACUGGUAUAUAAAUGGCGAAGUGGCUAAAGCUCACCAUGUAACUCAUUUGCCUCCAAGAAGGACGAAAGAAGGUUUGCAAUGGAUUCAGCUACGCUUAGUGUUCGUCAUGUCAGGUUCUUACAUUCGCAGAGGUGGUCUUCGAUUACAAUGCUUAGCUGAAGUGUAUUUGACGUACGCAAGAUCUCAUUAUGAAUUAGUAAUAGGAGAAAGGUUAUCCGGACCAGGUCCUCAGAAUGCCCCUAACGUAAUACCAAGUCGAAGAAGGCCGCGGGUCAGUGGAAGUUCUGGCCGUUAUGACGUUGGUGAUUUGGUGGACAUCAACUGUACAUCAGCAAAAGAGAGCACACCUCCAAUUCUUAGAUGGUUUAUAAAUGACAGAGAGGUACCCCGACGUCAACUGGUCGAUUACGGCUCAAUACGCUCUCAAUCUUCAAACCUUGUAUCCAGCGUCUUGGGACUCCGGUUUCAUGUUCAGCAACACCACCUACGUCAAGGAGAGCUUAGACUUCGAUGCGAGUCGACCCUUGCGAAAGAGAUACUCCGUCGCAGGGAAGAUAUCAUAUUCGAAGGGCGACACGAAACAGCUGAGCUUCAAAUAGCACAAAUUGCCAAUUCGGUACAUUCAAGAAGCCUGAUGUGUGUUUCCAGUGCUUCAACUUUAAUUAUUCUACUAGUUCUUCGUGAAAUCUGCAGAAUUCCUCUGCUUAGCAACGCCACAUAACCAACGUUUCAAAUUACCCAUUACCCAGAAUGUAUUUUUUAUUAGUAGUGAACGAAAAUGAACUUUAGUUGACCAACAUCUGAAAACUGACAUAUUUGUCAAUAUUUAUUUCACCGAGGAAAUUUUUGAAGGAUGACACUUUAGAAAUUACGCUUAGACUGGAAAAGACUACUUUGAACUAUUGCUAUGAGAGUGAUGAGUAACUGAAGCCUUACAGAUUUUGUGUCCUAGUACUUGUGCGAUUGAGUGUGCAUUUACUAGACUCUCUUACUCCAUAUCCAUAAGCCCUUAUUUAAGCUGCAAGUGUGUCUACAGCUCGCAGUAUGAAGUGGAGAAAUUUCUCUCAGAUGUCCUGGAGUUAUUAGAUUUUUUUCAAACUGUCCAAGCUGUUUUGUCUGCAAAUGCGUCGAGUUAUACUGAUUCGUGAGAAAAUGUCAAGAUACUCCGAGGCCUAAAAUUUACAUAGUAUUAUGAAAUUUGUCGGUGCAUAUCUGUCUUAUUUGUGUAGUUGUCAGAAUAGAAACUUUUCUACUCGCCUUGUUUACUUUUCUAUUUUGUGUGUGCAUGGCCUAGUCUAUAUAAUUAGAAAUUAUUUACAAUAGUACAUACAUGCAAUAACAAAUAAUUUACUUGAAAUAAAUUAUUAAGAAUUCAUCUAUGUUUUCGAAAUCAGACAAACUUCUCAUUCUAUGAAUGGAAUCAUCAUUUUAACUUUUGUCACUAAUAUGUUUCCAUACCUUUCUAAACUGUGAAGUGACAAAAGUUCAGCCUUGCAAAGGCUCGAAAAUUCUUGCACAGGCUCUUGAUAAAAUGUAGCUUUGUGCAGUCUGCAAUAACAUAGUUUAAUGCAUAUUUAAUAAUAGUUUAUUUUCCUUCGUCUUGAUGCCAUUCUAAUAGUAAACUUAUGAAGACAAAGGGAAAAUUUAUUCGUAAUAUUUCUGCAUACUUUUUCAUCCCAGAAUUUAGUGCUAGUUUAAAUGAAUAAUCAGAAAAACAAUUAAUGAGUGGAAAAGUUCUUGUUCUGUUAUACUGUUAUCGAAAUCAUUGAAUGAGAUUUGUCUUUUACGCAUGUAUAUCGUCUUUCAGUGUAACAGAUCAUCACCAUUUUUAUUUUUCCAUACCCUAAAGUAUUUCAUUUUCAUCUUUAGUAGGUACAGGUUGUUUCAAUAAAGCCAAUAUUGUAUUCAA